GUCGGUUUCUUUCCAGUUCGUAGACUGCGCCUUCCUCCCCACCCCCCGGGUUGAUCCCAUAACGUCUCCUCGAUCGUAGGCUUCGAUCGGUAGAGGGCCUUGUGCGACAUGGCGGAGGUGUCGAGGAGGAGACCGAAGACGAAGAUCGUUUGCACCUUGGGCCCUGCGUCGAGGUCCGUGGAGAUGAUCGAGCGGCUCCUGAGGGCGGGAAUGAACGUCGCCAGGUUCAACUUCUCCCACGGAUCUCACGCCUACCACCAGGAAACCCUAGACAACCUCCGCACCGCCAUGGAGAACACCGGGAUCCUCUGCGCCGUCAUGCUCGACACAAAGGGUCCAGAGAUCCGGACUGGGUUUUUGAAAGAUGGCAAGCCUGUCCAUCUAAAAAAGGGUCAAGAAAUCACUAUCACUACUGAUUACAGCAUAAAUGGUAAUGAAGACAUGAUAUCCAUGAGCUACAAAAAGAUAGCAGAGGAUUUGAAGCCAGGCAGUGUCAUUUUAUGUGCUGAUGGGACUAUUACAUUUACGGUGCUUUCUUGUGAUAAGGAGUCAGGGCUGGUUCGCUGUCGCUGUGAGAAUUCUUCAAUCCUUGGUGAGAGAAAAAAUGUCAACCUUCCAGGUGUUAUUGUCGAUCUUCCUACGCUAACAGAGAAGGACGAGGAGGAUAUCCUGAAAUGGGGUGUCCCAAACAAAAUCGACAUGAUAGCUCUGUCGUUUGUACGCAAAGGUUCUGAUCUUGUGGAGGUCAGAAAAGUUCUUGGAGAACAUGCCAAGUCAAUCAUGCUGAUGUCCAAGGUUGAGAAUCAAGAAGGGGUGGCUAACUUUGAUGAUAUUCUUGCAAAUUCAGAUGCUUUCAUGGUUGCACGGGGUGAUUUGGGAAUGGAAAUUCCUAUUGAAAAGAUAUUUUAUGCGCAAAAGGUAAUGAUUUUCAAGUGCAAUAUUAAAGGAAAACCUGUUGUUACAGCAACUCAAAUGUUGGAAUCGAUGAUCAAAUCUCCUCGUCCCACUCGAGCAGAAGCAACCGAUGUUGCUAAUGCAGUUCUUGAUGGCACUGACUGUGUGAUGCUGAGUGGUGAAACAGCUGCAGGUGCUUACCCUGAUCUAGCAGUUCAAACAAUGGCUAAGAUCUGCUUGGAAGCAGAGUCCUAUUUGGAUUAUGGGGCUGUUUUUAAAGGAAUCAUAGCAGCAGCACCAGUUCCUAUGAGCCCAAUAGAGAGUCUUGCAUCAUCAGCUGUGCGAACUGCCAACUCUGCUAAGGCAUCUCUCAUAUUGGUUCUGACCAGAGGAGGAAGCACUGCAAAACUAGUAGCAAAAUACAGGCCCGCAAUGCCAAUAAUUUCAGUGGUGGUUCCGGAGUUGAAGACAGACUCGUUCGACUGGUUCUGCAGUGACGAGGCUCCCGCAAGGCAUAGCCUUAUAUUCAGAGGAUUGAUUCCGGUAUUGAGCUGUGCAACUGCAAAGUCUUCAGACACCGAGGCCACUGAUGAAGCUAUCGAUUUUGCUCUUCAGCAUGUGAAAGCCACAGGCCUAUGCAAAUCUGGAGAAUCAGUUGUGGUAUUGCAUCGAGUUGGAGCUGCAUCCGUAAUUAAGAUCUUAACGGUUCAGUGAUUAUGUUACGAUGGCUGGAAAAUUUUCUUGGCUGCAAUUUUAUUGUAGCAUCUAAAUCCUAUCGUGGGUCAGUUUUGCAAACUACUAAGUCUCCUAUUUUAAUUUUGUGGUUUUCACCUUUUGAAUAUGAUUUCUUAUUAAAAUUAUGGGUUA